UAUUAUUGCAAGAAAAGAAUAUUCGUAUAUUAGCUGUAUUUAAUAACAAGCCAAUGCUUAAGUGUUCUUAUAAUUAAUCACGAUAGGCAUAUAAGGCAAACUGAUAUUAAGGCUUAAGAAUUCGGCAAAUAUGAGCUAAUCUCGAAUCGACCAUGUCUCAAAAUGAUUCAGACGACGUGCGGAGUGCUGCGCAUCUACUAAUAACAAAUGCGCGAUCAGGCGGUAACAUGUACAAUAUGCCACCAACUUUUGAUAUGUCACGGACGCAUUCCAUAAAUUUGAUUACGGAGGAGUUUCUUGGAGGCUACAGUCAGGAUGGACGCAUGUCGGUAGUGCGUCGCUUCUUUUGCCUUUUUGUGACGUUCGAUUUGAUAUUCGUAUCGCUGCUGUGGCUGAUUUGCAUAGUUAUCGAUGGCGACAAUAUUUUUCACGCUUUCCAGAAACAAGUACUGCAAUACACAAUUUAUACAUCGCUCUUUGAUGUGGUGGCCACGGCAUUGUGCCGUUUUAUAGUUUUGAUAUUUUUUUAUGCUAUGUUGUAUAUAAAUCAUUGGUCCAUAAUAGCGCUUUCUACCAGUGGCUCUUGUUUGUUUCUUAUUUCCAAAGUAUUUGUGUUUGAUUGGGUACAUUCCAAGCAACAAGUAUUCGAAGUGAUACUCAUUAUAACAUCGUUCAUUCUUGCUUGGGGAGAGGCCUGGUUUCUUGAUUGCCGUGUUAUUCCGCAAGAACGGCAUGCGCGCCACUAUUUCAGAGCUUUGACCUCGAAUGAUCGCACACCAUUGGUACAGCCGACGCUUUUGACUGAGCACGAGCGGCAGCCGGUAUCUACUUUCUAUUCACCCUACGAUACUGCACACCCCUCCGAUGACGAGGACGAAAAGGAUGAGGAUUAUCAUCAAAUGGGCCUAGAUAGUCUGCGGAAGGCUUACAAGCUUAUUGAGUCUUCUGAUUGGAAAGUUGAAAAGGUGACACCGAAAGGCGAUACUAUACACAGUACACAGCGUGAUAAAAUUGGCAAAAUUUUCAAAUUGACCGGUCGUAUCAAAUAUCCCGCCAAGGCUCUAAUGGAGGAGCUAUUCUACCGCAUCGAAGAUGUUCCCAAGUGGAAUCCUACGCUCUUGGAGUCAAAAAUAGUCCGUAAAGUCAACUCGUACACGGAUAUUACGUAUCAGGUCUCCGUUGGCGGAGGCGGCGGCAUGGUGAAAAGUCGUGAUUUUGUCAAUUUGCGCUCUUUUCGUUUGUUUCACAAUGGCAGAAUUUGUGAUGAUGAGGAGGCGGCUCUUUUGAGCAGCGACGACGAUAUCGGCAAUAAUUCUUGUGAAGGCAGCGUGUCUACUUUAUCGGAUGCUGAAUCCCAAACUCCAUUGCCCGGAAGUGUAGGCAGCUUACGCGGCAAGUUUCCGCAGCAGAGCUCAUAUCAGCGCGAGGACAAUUUAGCGGCAACUACAACGACAUUUCAAACAUUGAGCAAAAGUUUAGGGGCUAAGGGUUUCACUGGUGCGCCUGUCUUAAAUUAUGAUGAAGAACCGCCACCAUUGGAUGAGCAGUUUGAGGAUGCCAAAGACAAGGCUGAGGAUGAUUUGGCCGCCGAAAUGACAAAAACCACUUUAAGCGACAGUGUAGGAAAGACGAAAGAUAAGGUUUGGGUGAGCGCAGCCAUUAGUGUGGAAUAUCCAGCGGUGCCGCCCACAUCAAAAUACACGAGAGGAGAGAAUAUUGUUUCUGGUUUUGCGUUUCGUGAAAUUGUGGGUAAAUCGGAUGCGUGUAUUGUCGAAUGGGUGCUAUGUCUGGACUUGAAGGGCUACAUACCGCGUUAUGUUCUGGAUGCGGCUCUUACUUCGACCAUGACAGAUUAUAUGACUUAUUUGCGCAAGCAUGUGAAUGAAUUGCGACAACGACGUAAAAGAGUGCCUCGAGUAUAACUUCUCCGUUGGCCAGUUGGACAAUGGUCAGCUGCAUUCAAUGUAAAUACAUACAUACAUAUAUCAUAAGAUAAUCAAUUUUUGCAAGUGUGCAUUCUAACUCAAUUCAUAAAUCAUUAUUAAUUUGUAUUUUCAAGUAAUUGUAUCUCAUGAAUUUUACGCUACGUACUGAAAAUAUUUUGUAUUAAAACAGAAGUGAGUUCUUUGCCCUUCAUUAUUUUAUUAA